AAUCUCUUUUUGUUGCUCUCUCUUGUUCUCUUCCCCUCAGAAGUCAGAUCCAUCCCGCAACCCUUGCUCUCUUUCUCACAGAUCUCUUCUAAAACUCCUAAAUUCUCACUAAUUCAGGAGGUUCUUGUUUCAAAGUUCAAGUCUUUUUGAGUUUUUAGUGCUGGGUUUUGAGAGAUAGUGAAGAAUUUGAAGUGGGGGUUUGAUGGUUGUUGACAAGGAGAUAACUUCGAAGCAGAGAGGGACAAGGCAAUAGAUUUUGUGGUGCUUGUUAGGCAAAUGCAGUUGGUAAAACCGUAAAAUUGAAGGAGAUAUAAAUAUAAAGCCUUUGUUUUUUGUUUAAAACAAGAGAUAAAAGAGAACAAGUUCUUUUGUUGUUUGUUUUUAUUGUUUUGUGGUGGAUUUUUGAAAAUCUAAAAGAUGCAACAAGAUCAUCCAAAGAAGGACUUAAAAGAGAUUGACUUUUUCACCGAGUAUGGGGAUGCCAAUAGAUACAAAAUUCUAGAAGUUAUUGGAAAGGGAAGCUAUGGAGUUGUUUGUGCUGCAAUUGACACUCAUACUGGAGACAAGGUGGCAAUAAAGAAAAUCAAUGAUGUUUUUGAGCAUAUUUCUGAUGCUAUUCGAAUCUUGAGAGAAGUAAAGUUACUUAGGCUUUUGCGGCAUCCUGAUAUCGUUGAGAUCAAGCGAAUCAUGUUGCCGCCCUCAAAGAGAGAAUUCAAAGACAUAUUUGUUGUUUUUGAGCUCAUGGAAUCUGAUCUUCACCAAGUCAUCAAAGCUAAUGAUGACUUGACACGGGAACACCAUCAGUUCUUUCUUUAUCAGAUGUUACGUGCACUGAAAUAUAUGCACACAGCAAAUGUGUAUCAUAGAGAUCUUAAACCCAAGAAUAUAUUGGCAAAUGCAAAUUGCAAACUUAAAGUAUGUGACUUUGGGCUGGCACGAGUAGCAUUUAGUGAUACACCAACAACUGUUUUUUGGACGGACUAUGUUGCUACAAGAUGGUAUAGAGCGCCGGAGUUGUGCGGAUCUUUCUUUUCCAAGUAUACUCCAGCAAUUGAUAUUUGGAGCAUUGGCUGCAUCUUUGCUGAAGUAUUGACAGGGAAGCCGUUGUUUCCGGGUAAAAGUGUUGUUCAUCAAUUGGAUUUAAUUACCGACCUUCUUGGGACGCCCUCAUCAGAAACCAUUUCUGGAGUACGGAAUGACAAGGCAAGGAAAUACCUGACUGAAAUGAGGAAAAAACAGCCUGUGCCAUUUGCACAGAAAUUUCUAAAUGUAGAUCCGUUGGCACUCAGGCUACUGCAAAGGCUACUAGCAUUUGAUCCAAAAGAUAGACUGACUGCUGAAGAGGCAUUAGCCGACCCUUACUUUAAGGGCCUAGCUAAAGUUGAGAGAGAACCAUCCUGUCAACCAAUCUCAAAGUUGGAGUUUGAGUUUGAAAGGAGAAGGGUAACAAAGGAAGAUGUUAGGGAACUGCUAUACCGUGAAAUACUGGAAUACCAUCCACAGCUACUCAAAGACUACAUGAAUGGAAAUGAAAGCACUAAUUUUCUCUAUCCUAGUGCCAUAGGGCAAUUUAGAAAGCAGUUUGCAUAUCUUGAGGAAAACAGUGGUAGAAGUGGACCAGUGAUACCUCCAGAGAGGAAGCAUGUCUCACUUCCACGGUCUACAGUUCACUCAAACACAAUCCCUCCUAAUAUGCAAUCAACUUCAACCUCAUUUGACAACAGGCAGGUUACAGAAGACACUUCUAAAAAUUUUAGAGUACCUCCACGAGUGCCAUCAGCAAAGCCGGGGAGAGUUGUGGGAUCGGUUGUACCCUAUGACAAUGGCAGAAAUGUCAAAGAUGCCUAUGAUUCAAGGAUAUUUUAUAGAAACUCAGUUCUGCCUCCCCAGACUGUCUCUCCGCACUGCUUCUUCAGGACAAACACGAUGGUGCAGGAGAAGUCUAUCUCCGAGCCUGAAAAAGACUCACAAACCAAACAGCAACCUCCUCUGUGUAAUAUGGCUGCCAAGCCAUCCUCUGGGAUGGCCAUGGAUGUGAACGCCAACCCAUAUUGCCAACCACAAGCUAGGAUGGAACAGUUAAAUGAGAGAAUUGCUAUUGAUGCAAAACUGCUGCAGGCACAAUCUCAGUUUGAUCCAGUUGGCGCUGCUGCUGUAGCUGUAGCUGCUCAUAGGAAUGUCGGUGCUGUUCAGUAUGGAUUAACUUAGUCUAUUUUAUUUGAGUUGGUAUCACGAUGAAUUAUGCAAAUGCAUUUAGGUCUAGAAUUCGAGGUGGAGUAGUUGUUUUAUCUUUCUAGAAUGAUAGGUUUUAAGGGUUUAGUCCACGUCCUGUAUCUAGUCAUGCUGUGUAAUUAGACAUCUUAUGUAAUUCAAUUCGUUGAUCAGAAUAAAAAUAGCAUUCCUAGGAA